AGCAUCAUGAAUCAACAGAAGUGAGUGUUACACACCUUCAUGCAUCCUCUAUACUCUGUCAUAAAAUAGUCACAGCCCCAGACAUGGGCUCUGCUGCACUUGAAUGUGCAAAGCUUCUGAACUGCUUGCUGUUGCUGUUGAGUCUGAUAUCCUGUUCUGCUGCUGCUUAUGUGGAUGAGCCCAACCUGGGCAAGAGCUUCUUGCCUCGCCAUGAACCUGAUCCUGGGGGUGCUGUUGACUCUUUGCAAGAUACGAGGCUACAUGUUUUCACAGUGGACUAUGACUAUGUGCAAAUUCCCUAUGAAGUUACUCUUUGGAUCCUCCUUGCCUCUCUUGCAAAAAUAGGUUUUCAUAUCUAUCACCGAUUACCAAGACUCAUGCCUGAAAGCUGCAUCCUGAUUGCCAUUGGAGCACUGGUAGGAGCAAUCAUCUUUGCUUCGCAUCACAAAUCUCCCCCAGUGAUGAACUCAAGUAUUUACUUCUUGUAUCUCCUUCCACCCAUUAUCCUGGAGGAGGGUUAUUUCAUGCCAACUCGCCCAUUUUUUGAAAACUUUGGGUCCAUUCUGUGGUGGUCUGUUAUGGGAUCUCUGCUAAACUCAUUUGGGAUUGGCCUCUCCCUCUAUGGAGUCUGUCAGAUCAAAGCCUUCGGCCUGACCGACGUGAACCUGCUGCAGAAUCUGCUCUUUGGCAGCAUGAUUUCAGCGGUGGAUCCUGUGGCAGCGCUGGUAGUUUUUGAAGAAGCCUCUGUUAACGAGCAGCUUUACAUGAUGAUCUUCGGAGAGUCAUUGCUAAAUGAUGGCAUAACUGUGGUUUUAUACAACAUCUUCAUCGCCUUCACCCAGAUGCACAGGUACGAAGAAAUCGAAUCCAUUGAUGUCUUCGCUGGCUUUGCUCGCUUCUUCGUGGUGGGGCUGGGUGGUGUGUUGUUUGGGAUCGUGUUUGGAUUUGUUUCAGCAUUCAUGACUCGAUUUACCCACAACGUCUCUGCAAUUGAGCCCCUGCUGGUCUUCAUGUUCAGCUACCUGUCAUACUUGUCUGCUGAAACCCUUUACAUCUCUGGCAUUUUGGCGUGAGUAUUCCUUAUGGCUUUUUUGAUGACCUCUUGAAGGAAGUGGUAUUGUUUUGUGCAGGUGGUUUGCUCAAGGUUGGUACA